AUGAUUCCUACACGCCAAGUGAAGGUAGCUCUUGGCGAUGGAGCUUUAUCCUUUGUUCUUUUAGUUGUUAUGAAUAUAGAGCAGGAGCAGGAACUUCAGUCAAUACCGGUUGUAAGAGAUUUUUUAGAAAUCUUUCCUAAUGAUGUUCCUGGAAUACCUCCACCCAGGGAGAUCGAGUUUGGCAUAGACUUAGUACUUGGAGCUGAGCCAGUAUCUAUAGCACCUUACCAGAUGGGAGCAUUGGUCCUUCUGAUGAAAAAGAAAAAUGGAAGUUCUAGACUUUGUGUAAAUUAUCGUCGGCUGAACAAGCUAACUAUUAAGAAUAAAUAUCCAUUGCUGCGGAUUGAUGAUCUGAUAGACCAACUGAAAGGUGCUAAGGACUGUGAAUGGAGUUUUAAUGAGUUGAAGCAGAGGUUAAUAUCCUCUCUGAUGUUGAUUCUUCCUGAUAUUAGUCGACCUUUUGAGGUGUACUAUGACGCAUCGCAUCAAGGGCUAGGAUGUGUAUUGAUGCAAGACAAGAGAGUGGUGGCGUAUGCAUCAUGCCAGUUAAGAACUCAUGAGCGGAAUUAUCCCACGCACGACCUGGAAUUAGCUGCAGUGGUUUUUGCUUUAAAGAUUUGGCAGGACAAUCUUUACUGA